GGACUGAGACCUGGUCCUAUGGCCGGGGAAAGUGCGGUGUUUGCUCGAGGAUGGGGCUUGGGAAAUGAAGACUCCAAGCUUUUUGAUUUUUCAGUCAAGUUCCUAAUCGUGACUUCCCACAAUGGAAUACAUUAUAACACCUAAGGUAGAGCAAGUAAAGUUACUAGACCGGUUUACUUUUAAGAAGCCAGCUAUAGGAACACUUUACUUGACUGCGACACAUCUGAUUUAUGUAGAAUCAUCACCAGAGAUUCGCAAAGAGACAUGGAUUUUGCACCAUCAUAUUUCAGCGAUAGAGAAGCUGCCCCUUACUUCUACAGGAUACCCAUUGCUGAUUCAUUGCAAGAAUUUCAGAGUUGCUCAUUUCAUUAUUUGUCGAGAACGUGAUUGCCACGAUGUUUACAGUUCACUUCUCAGACUGUCACAACCAGUGGUGUUUGAGGAACUUUAUGCUUUCUCAUACAACCCUAAGCAGACUGAAAUGAGCAGAGGAAUGGGUUGGAAAAUAAUAGAUAUAGAAGAUGAUUUCCAGCGUAUGGGAGUACCAAAUGAAUACUGGGAGCAGACUGAUGUAAAUGAAAAUUAUGAGAUUUGCAAUACAUAUUCAACAUUUCUGUGUGUGCCAAAGGAGGCGAGCAAGCCAGUAAUAGUGGGCAGUUCAAAGUUCAGAAGUAGAGGGCGGUUUCCUGUUCUUUCAUAUUUUUCCAAGGAGAAUAAUGCUGCUAUUUGUCGGUGCAGUCAACCACUUUCAGGGUUUAGUGCCAGGUGUAUGGAGGAUGAACAAAUGCUACAAGCUAUCAGCAAGGCCAAUCCAGGAAGUCCAUUCAUGUAUGUGGUAGACACGAGACCAAAGUUAAAUGCCAUGGCAAACAGAGCUGCUGGAAAGGGAUAUGAAAAUGAAGAUAAUUAUUCCAACAUUAGGUUCCAAUUUAUUGGUAUUGAAAACAUACAUGUGAUGAGAAACAGUUUACAAAAACUUUUAGAAGUGUGUGAACUGAAGGCCCCAUCAAUGAGUGAGUUUCUCACUGGCUUGGAAAAUUCUGGGUGGCUUCGUCACAUUAAAGCAGUUAUGGAUGCUGGUGUCUUUCUAGCAAAGGCAGUGUCUGAAGAAAAGGCCAGUGUGUUAGUCCAUUGUUCUGAUGGGUGGGAUCGUACUGGUCAAGUUUGCUCGUUGGCUGCUCUUCUCCUGGAUUCCUACUACCGGACAAUAAAGGGAUUUAUGGUUCUUAUAGAAAAAGAAUGGAUCUCAAUGGGACACAAAUUUUCCCAAAGAUGUGGGCAUCUAGAAGCUGACCCUAAAGAAAUUUCUCCUGUGUUUACCCAGUUUAUUGAAUGCACUUGGCAUCUGAUGGAACAGUUUCCAUGUGCUUUCGAGUUUAAUGAGAAGUACUUGUUGGAAAUCCACGACCAUGUUUUUUCUUGUCAAUUUGGCAACUUCAUUGGAAACUGCCAGAAAGAACGCCAUGAGUUGAAGCUUCAAGAGAAAACUUAUUCCUUGUGGCCAUUCCUGUUGGCAAAGCAAUACCUCUAUCAGAAUCCUUUGUAUAAAUCCAGUGCAGUCAACAUUGUGUUAAAGCCCAAUACUGCCCCUUUUAACUUCAAGUUCUGGUGUGGUAUGUACAACCGUUUUGAUAAGGGAAUGCAGCCAAGACAAUCAGUUGUAGAUUGUCUGCAUGCUUCAGUGAAACAGAAAACAGACUUCGAAGAAACUGUCGCAGACUUAAAUCAGAAACUAACUCAUCAGGAUAAAUCACAUUCUGAUUCUACUUUUAUCUUACCAAUGAAACUUUCUAUUGAGGAAGAUUCCACCCACUUGCAAGUAAUUGGUGCUCCUCAGGACUAUUUGGAAGAAGAACAGAUGAUGUUUACAAAUGGCGCAGAAGAGGUAAUUGAAACUGUUUCUGCUGGGAGCCAGGAAGUGGAUAAUGUAACAGACUCCUCUUUCACAUGUCAGUCUACUUUGAAUAACAUUGACUCCCUUGAGCUAGUCAAGUUGAACAUACAUGUAGAUGAAGACAACCAUCAAAUAUCCCAAGAUACGAUUGAAAAAUAAUUACUUAUCUCCAUACAAUUGUAUGCAUUUGUUCACAAAUGUAUUCAUCUUGAUAUAAAUAUCAUUUUUCAGAAGUGUCAGAAAUGGAAAAUGCCAGCAGAUAGCCUUUAACAAAGGGAAAAUACCGCAAGAUCUUUCGGAGAACCUUGCUGCUUAAAUGAGAGGAUAGGUUUUAAAGGGAAAUGUUAUAAGACUUUGUGUGGAUUCUCAGUUGCCAGAAGCCAAUACAGAAAUUCAGUGGACUGUUCAUAAUGGAUAGGAAAUUGUGCUCAUUUUCCACCUGAAUUCAUUAUGCAUUUCUAGUGGUGAAAUGCAGAUGUUAUGAACUGACCAGUAAUUGAAGCCCGUCUUAAAAUUUAAUAGACCAAUUUGAGUAUGUUGCUUCAUUGUAGUGUUUUAGUGUUUUACUACUGAAGAAGCCAGUGUUGGGUGUGGUGAACGUUUUUGAGAAUCCUAAGCUGGCUGUUGUGUAUAUAUUGUGUAAAUGACCAAUAUGUUUUCUAAAUUCUCAAAGUUUUAGAUUAAAUACUUUAUAUAAAGAAUAAACAUCAUUGCAUUUCCCUUUUUAAUUUUUCUCCAGUCUUCUCCCCUUACCUGUCUUUCUGUUCCCCUUGUUCAGAAAUAGUUCCAUGGCUGCCACAAGCCCACUGAUCUGUUGCCAAGUUGCCAAAGUGCCUGUUCUAACUGUAAUCCAACAAAAUAAGUUAUUCUCCAAUGAUAUUUGAAUCUAAUUCAGUUUGUGACAAAUCUCUGCCACGUGCAAAAAUUACUGCAUCAUAAUUAGGGAUAAGAGCUGACAUUUUUAAGGCCAGCUACUCCCUUAACUAAGAGAAUUCACUUGACCUAUGAGAUGUGGGGAUUGAUUCAUGAAUUUGUAGUCUUCGAGUGAUUCAGAACCAGCUUGUAUUGGAAGACGCUUUCUAGGCCAAAUCAUUGGAGGAAGCUGUAUUUCAGUUUAUUGUUUCUGCAAGACAAUUUUUGGAUUGUCCUGUUCUGUAUAUUGUGGACAGUAUUGGUAAUUCGCCAAAGGUUUAAUAGCUCUUUGAGUGAUUGUGAGACAUUAUCGUUUCAUAUUUUGCCUGCUGUUAAAAUAGAUUUGUUUUAUUUUCUAUGUUAGU